UCAUUUUCAUUCACAUUGUGACUUUCUUUCUCUCUCGCAAAAUUAGGUUCAUUCUUCUUCUUCUUCACCAGAUCUCGUCGCGGAUCAGCGUCGAAUUGCUCUCUUCUUCAAAUGCUGCUUCAGUUCCUCUGACUUCCGUUGCAUCGGAAUUGCGUUGUGGUUCUUUGUGGUUCUUCUCCCUCUUGAGCUUUCUCAAAAUGAUUCUCUUCAGUCCUUUAACUCCCGGUCAGGUCUCGUUCUUGCUCGGGAUCAUUCCGGUCAUUGUGGCAUGGAUAUAUUCGGAGAUAUUGGAGUAUCGGAAAAUUCAUGUCACUAAAGUGCACUCGGACAUUAACUUAGUUGAAAUGGGCAGUAAUGUCGUUAAAGAUGAAGACACAGCGACUUUAUUAGAGGGAGCUGUACAGUCAGGAUCCCCAAAAGCUCAAAGCUUAACUGCAUCAUCAUCAAUUAUCCGAUUCCUUUUGAUGGAUGAGUUUUUCCUUAUUGAAAACCGUUUGACACUUAGAGCAAUGUCUGAAUUUGGUCUCCUUUUGGCUUAUUUUUAUCUUUGCGACCGUACGGAUCUAUUUGGCUCAUCUAAAAAGAGUUACAACAGGGAUCUCUUCAUAUUUCUGUAUUUUCUUCUCAUCAUAGUUUCGGCAAUGACUUCCUUUAAGAUACAUCAUGACAAGUCACCGUUGUCUGGGAAAUCCAUCCUUUACUUAAAUAGGCACCAGACUGAAGAAUGGAAAGGCUGGAUGCAGGUUUUGUUUUUGAUGUACCAUUACUUUGCUGCAUCUGAAAUCUACAAUGCAAUCCGUUUAUUCAUUGCUGCAUAUGUUUGGAUGACUGGAUUUGGGAACUUCUCAUAUUAUUAUGUCCGUAAAGAUUUCAGUCUAGCAAGAUUCGCUCAGAUGAUGUGGCGGCUUAAUUUCUUUGUAUUUUUCUGUUGUAUUGUACUUAACAACAGUUACAUGUUAUACUACAUCUGCCCUAUGCACACUCUUUUCACUCUUAUGGUUUAUGGGGCACUUGGUAUUCUCAACAAGUACAAUGAGAUUGGGUCGGUCAUUGCUGUAAAAAUCAUUGCCUGCUUCUUGGUUGUUAUCUUAAUAUGGGAGAUUCCUGGAGUCUUUGAAUGGGUUUGGAGUCCUUUUACUUUCGUGCUCGGUUAUACGGACCCAGAUCCUUCAAAAUCACAUUUUUCCCGCUUGCAUGAAUGGCAUUUUCGCUCAGGGCUUGAUCGCUACAUAUGGAUAAUUGGAAUGAUUUAUGCUUAUUAUCACCCAACUGUUGAACGAUGGAUGGAGAAAUUGGAGGAAGCAGAAAUCAAGCGCAGAAUAUCAAUUAAAGCAGCUGUUGUGCUGAUAUUUUCACUGGUGGGUUAUUUAUGGUUUGAAUACAUAUACAAGCUGGACAAGCUUACAUACAAUAAAUACCAUCCUUAUACCUCGUGGAUUCCCAUAACGGUUUACAUAUGCCUGCGGAAUGUUACACAAAGUUUUCGUAGCUAUACAUUGACCCUUUUUGCAUGGCUUGGGAAGAUUACACUGGAGACUUACAUCUCCCAGAUCCAUAUCUGGUUAAGGUCAGGUGUUCCAGAUGGUCAACCCAAAUUGUUGCUUUCCUUGAUCCCAGGCUACCCGAUGUUGAACUUCCUCCUUACUACUGUCAUAUAUGUUGCAAUAUCUUAUAGGCUCUUUGAGCUGACAAAUACACUAAAAAUUGCAUUUGUGCCCAGCAAAGACAACAAGCGUCUUACAUAUAAUUUAAUCACAGCAUCAACAAUCUCAGUUGUUUUAUAUUCUUUGUCCUUCAUCUUCCUUAGGAUACCUCCAAUAUUGGUUUGAGAAUUUAAGCAUGUAUAUAUUGUUACAAGCUUCUAUGAUAGUUGCCUGUGGACACUGAAGAUACUGGGCAGCUGCUACACUUGGUUUGUCUAGGCAAGUCUUUACUGAAAGUUGCAUUCAUCACUUUUUUCCAAUAAAUUCUAAUAGGCUAAUAGCUGCAAGUUAUUGUAUAGAUAAGAGGGGAUGGCAUCCUUUUUUUCUCUUUAAAAUAUCAUGCAACCUCAGUUUUUUGUUAAGAAAUAUUUUGUUGUGUUGUAAAAUAAUCGUGCUUGUAAUAUCAUCUACCAUUAUGUCAGUUAGUUCGUGGUAUUUUUAGCUGCUGUACUCCAUUGGAACUGUUACUAUAGAAACUGCCAUUUGAUGGAUAAACUGCUUCAGCAGUUCAACUGGGUCAAGUAGU